GGUUCCGUCCACGCCAGCUGCGGGGAGGGGGCCGCUGUUCUGUGACCCGCCUCCAGUGAAGCUCUUGGAAAAAAGAGCUGGAAGAAGGCUCCCCGCUCACCGCCGCGCCCUUGAAGGAGCCGUGAGCCGCCCGGUGACCGGGGAGUGCGAAAGUCAGGCGAGGUCACCCCCCCCGGAGCAGGGGAGGGGUGGCGUCGGCCGAGCCCGCGGGACUCGCCUGUGUCGCCGCCUCUCCAGGCCCCGCUCUGAGCACAGGGUCCCAUGAUGGCGGCGGCGUGGAUGGACCCUGCGCAGAUAUCUGUGACCUUCGAUGAUGUGGCCGUGACUUUUACCCAGGAGGAGUGGGGGCAGCUGGACCUGGCCCAGAGGAGCCUGUACCAGGAGGUGAUGCUGGAAAACUGUGGCCUUCUGGUGUCUCUGGGGUGUCCUGUUCCUAGACCUGAGCUGAUCUACCAGCUGGAGCACGGGCAAGAGCUAUGGACAGUGAAGAGAGACCUGUCUCAAAUCACCUAUCCAGGUGACAAAGGAAAACCCAAGAUCACAGAAUCUACUGCUAGUGAGCCAGCCCUGUCUGAGGGAGUCUCCUUCCGGGAACGACUAACACAAGGAGUUCCAGGGAUCUCCCAGGUGGGCCGAACUAAGGAUCAGGAUGGGUCAUUGGAAAUGCAAGAAGGACACCUGAUACCAGAGAUAGAUCCCCAGAAGGAGAAACUCCCUGGGAAAUCAAGCUCUGAACAUGGCAACAUAGGGACAGCUGAUAAUGUGUGUUCAGGGAUUGUAGAGGAGCCAGUCCCUUUGGGAAGUGCUGUCCAUGACCAUGAUUCAUGUGGGUCAGGUAAAGAUUCUGUGAUUCAGGAAGAAGAAAAUAUCUUUAAAUGCAAUGAAUGUGGGAAAGUUUUUAACAAGAAACGCCUCCUUGCUCGACAUGAGAGGAUUCACUCUGGAGUGAAGCCCUAUGAAUGUACCGAGUGUGGGAAAACAUUUAGUAAAAGCACUUAUCUCCUUCAACACCACAUGGUUCACACAGGGGAGAAGCCCUAUAAGUGUAUGGAGUGUGGGAAGGCCUUCAACCGUAAGUCACACCUUACACAGCACCAGCGGAUUCACAGUGGAGAGAAGCCUUAUAAGUGCAAUGAAUGUGGAAAGGCCUUCACCCAUCGCUCCACUUUUGUCUUGCAUAACAGAAGCCACACUGGAGAAAAACCCUUUGUGUGCAAAGAAUGUGGAAAAGCCUUCCGAGAUAGGCCAGGUUUCAUUCGUCACUACAUCAUCCACAGUGGCGAGAAUCCCUAUGAAUGCUUUGAGUGUGGCAAGGUAUUUAAACACAGGUCAUACCUCAUGUGGCACCAGCAGACUCACACUGGGGAGAAGCCCUACGAGUGCAGUGAGUGUGGGAAAGCCUUCUGUGAGAGUGCAGCCCUCAUUCACCACUACGUCAUCCACACUGGGGAGAAGCCCUUUGAGUGCCUAGAGUGUGGGAAGGCCUUCAACCACAGGUCAUACCUCAAGAGGCACCAGAGGAUUCACACUGGGGAGAAACCCUAUGUGUGUAGCGAGUGUGGAAAGGCCUUCACCCACUGCUCUACUUUCAUCUUGCAUAAAAGGGCCCACACUGGAGAAAAACCUUUUGAGUGCAAAGAAUGUGGGAAAGCCUUUAGCAAUCGUGCAGACCUCAUUCGACACUUCAGCAUCCACACUGGAGAGAAGCCGUAUGAGUGCAUGGAGUGUGGGAAGGCCUUCAACCGCCGUUCAGGGCUCACAAGGCACCAACGGAUUCACAGUGGAGAGAAGCCCUAUGAAUGCGUCGAGUGUGGGAAAACCUUCUGUUGGAGCACAAACCUCAUUCGACACUCUAUCAUCCACACUGGAGAGAAGCCUUAUGAGUGCAGUGAGUGUGGAAAAGCCUUCAGUCGCAGCUCAUCCCUCACUCAGCAUCAGAGGAUUCAUACUGGGAGAAACUCUGUCAGUGUAACAGAAGUGGGAAGACCCUUCCCGAGUGGGCAGUCCUCAGUCAACCUCCAAGAGCUCCUAUUGGGGAAAGACUUCUUGAAUGUAACCACUGAGGAAACAUCUUACUCAGAAUCUGAUCAUUCAUACCAAAGAGAAACCCCUCAGUUUCCUUCCCUAUGAGAAACCCUUUUGUUGCAGGGUAUCAUUUGUCAUCUAAGGAGUCAGACUGGAAAUUUACCCAGUCUAGAGCCUUAUUCUACAUCUGAGAAUUCAUCCAGGGGAGACCCAGUGGUUAUAUGCACAUAGGAAAAUCUCCAGCUACAUCUCUUUCCUUAAUUUACACUGCAGUAUUACCUCAGGAAAUUUUUUUUUUUUUUUUUUUUUCUAAAGAAAGGAGAGACUUAGAAGAGAAAAUGAACUGCAAACACAAACACAUUUUCUUCCAGACUUCCUUGCCAAGCCUUUGGCACUUUGUGUUGAAUUCCCUAGUUUACUUGGCAGGAGAAGGGUUUUGUUUUAGAGGUAAAGGACCUAGACUUUUAUGUGUCUUGUAUAUAUAUUCAUUACUGUCCAGUAUCAAGAGAGUUAAUUGAGGGCAGGUUUGGAAACUUCAUGAACAUCUUCUUUGUUCUAAAACAUUGUCUCUGUUCUUAAGGAGCUUAAUUUUUGUGAGAAAUAUAAAGGCUGGAGCCAUCAAACACCUUUAUAUUUGAGGAGAUAAGAAUACACAUAUGAAUGGGCACAUUUUAUUGCACCAGUUAAAACUGUUUAAGGCUUUGAUUUUUUUUGAAAAAAACGAACCUUCAUGUGGUUUUAAGGAGCUGAUACUUAGACUUUUUCUUGGUCCUGUACUAUUGGUUUACUUGAUUGCUGUAAUUAGAUGGUAAAUCUUCUAGUUGUGUAAGAUAAUUUCUCUCUCUUUAUUCUUUUUAUUUAAAACUGGUUUAACAGUCAUUACUUUGAAUUUCCACAUAAAGUUUUGGAGAAGCUUGUCUAUUUUAAUGAAAAACUAUUGAAUUUCAGUAGAAAUUGAGUUAAAUUGUCAGAUCAAUUUGUUGAGAAUUGGCAUCUUUACCAUGUUGAGUCUUCAAUUUAUGAACACAGUAUGUCUCUAUGUUUAUUUAAGUAUUGCUUGUUUUACUUCAUCACUGUUUUGUAAAUUUCAAUAAUAGGUCCUGCAUGAUUUUUAUAAGGUUUAUAUCUAGGUGUUUUUUUUUUUCUUUUAUUAUAAAUGGCAUUGAUUUUUAAACUUUCAGUUUCCACACAAGUUUUGAUAGUGUGCAGAAAUGUAAUUAAAAUUUGGAUGUCAUUUUUGUAUCCUGCAACCUUGCUGAACUGUAGGCAUUUAUUUGUUUGAUAGAAUGCUUGGGGUUAGAAAACAUAGAAAUAUCAUCUACAAAAGAGACAGUUUUAUUUCUUCCUUACCAUCUGUAUACCUACUAUUUUCUUGUCUGCUGUACUAGCUAGGAUUUCCAAUAUGAUGUUGAACAGUAUUAGUAACUACUUGUCUGGUUUCUGAUAUUAGGGGGAGAACAUUCAGUUUUUCAUCAAGUAUGAUGUUAGUAUGAGGUUUUCUUUAUAGAAGUUUCUUAUCAAGUUUAGAAAGUUUCCCAUAUUCCUGAUUUGCUGUGGUUUUGUUGUUGUUGUUGUUGUUGUUAUGAAUGGGUGUUGAAUUUUAUCACAUACUUUUUCUCUACCAGUUGAUAUAAUCUUGUUUUUUUCUUAGCUUGUUGAUAUGAUGUAUUACAUUGAUUUGAGUUUUGAAUGUGGAAUCAGCUUUGUUUUCUUGAAAUAAGCCCUACUUGGUUUAGAGUAUAAUUAUUUUUAUAUAUUAAAUUACAGUAUUCAGUAUCCUAGUAUGUUGUUGAGGAAGUUUUCCUCUAAUUUCAUGAGUGGUAAUGAUACAUAGUUUUCUUUCUUUCAGUCGUUUUUGUUUGUUUUUUGCCUUUUGUUUGUUUCGUACUGUCAUUGGUUUUGGUGUCUAGGUGAUAGUGGCCUCCCAAUAUAUAUUGGGAAUAUGCUUUUAUUAUGUGGAAAAUAGUAUAUAGAAUUGGUUUUAUUUUUAAUGUUUGGUAGCCAGUGAACCAUUUAUGCCUGGAGUUUUUUCUUCAGAUGCUUUUUAAUUAUGUAUUUAUUUUAUUUAAUAUGUAUAGAACUGUUCAGAAUAUCUAUUUCAUAUUGGAUGAAUUUUCAUAGUUGUCCUUUUUUAGGAAUUGUUCCAUUUCAUCUAAAUUUUCUUACUUGUUUCAAGUAUUCCUUUAUUACAUUGUUUAUGAUGGAAGAAUCUGUACUUAUAUCUCCUCUUAGAUUCCUGAUAUUGGAAAUGUGUCAACUCUCUUUUUAUCUUUGUUAAUCUUCUUAGAUAUUGAUCAUUUUUUUGUAUCUUUUUAAAGAAGCAGCACUUUAUGCCACUGUUUUUUCUCUGUUACCGUUUUGUUCCUAAUUUCACUGAUAUCUGUAUUGACCUUUAUUAUAUCUGUUCUUCCAUCUGCUUUGGUGGUAUUUUCCUCUGUAAUUUCUUAUGAUGGAUGUUUAGAUUAUUGAUUUGAGAUUUUUUGCUUUUCUAAUGUAAGCAUUACGUUCUAUAAAUUUUCCUCACAGCACUUUCCUCACAAGUUGUAGUACAUUUUAAUUACAUUUCAUUUGGUUCUAAAAAUUUCUUUAUUCAAGACUUCCUCUCUAAUUCAUAAAUUAUUUAGAAGUAUAUUGUUUAAUUUCCUAGUGUUGAGAGUAUUUCAUGCUUUUUGUUAAUGACUUCUAACUUGUUUUAUGUUUGAUCUGGUUGUUUAAAUUUGUUGAGGUUUGCUUUGUGACCCAAAAUAUGGUCUAUCUUGAUGAAUGUUUAUAAGGUUGCUUGAAAAGAAUGUGUAUUCUACUGUCAUUGGAUGGAGUUUGUAUAAAUGUCCCCAUGAUCCUGUUGGUAGAUGAUGUUACUCAGAUUUUCUUUAUCCUUGCUGAUUUUCUGUUUAGUAUUGCUCUCAAUAGCUGAGAGAGGGAUUUUGAAGUCCUGCAGUAUAAUUUGGAAUUGUCUGUUUCUCCUUUUAAGUUCUAUCAGUUUUUGCUUUGACUAUUUCAAAGCUCUGUUGUAGGUGCAUACACAUUUAGGAUUGCUCUAUCACCUUGGUGUGUUGACUUUUCUUAUCAUUAUGUAAUGUCCCUUUUUGCCCCUGUAAAUUUUCUUUGGGGUAUACUUUAACUGAUAUUAAUAUAGUCACUAUUGCAUUUCUUGGGUAAUAUUUUGCGGUUUUUGGUUUAUAUUGUUCCAUAAUUUUAUUUUCAACCUUAUGUAUAUCAUUACAUUUGAAGGCAGUCCCCAGGAAUAGCACAUAUUCAGGUCAUGCUUUGUUUUUAUCCAUUUUGCUGAUUUCUUUUUUAAAUUGCUAUAUUUAGACCAUUUAAGUUUAAAAUAAUUACUGAUACGUUAGGGCUUAAGUUUGCCAGUUUAUGAUUUGGUUUUUCUUUGUUCCCUGUUUUAUUUUUCCUCUGUUGUUUUGGGGGUUUUUUGUUUUUUAUUUUGUGUUUUGCCUUCCUGUGGGUUACUUUAAUUUUUAGAAUUCCAUUUGAUCUAUGAUAUUUUUUAGUUUAUCUCUUUGUAUUUUAGUAGUUAUUUUAGGUAUUGUUUUAUACACAUAUAAUUUAUCAUGGCCUAUGGUAUCAACACCUUAGCACUUUGAUAUGUAGAAACCUUACUUUCAUUGGGUCCCUUUACAUUCCCCACUCUUUAAUAUAAUUGUGUUAAGUAUUUCUUCUUUAUACACUGAGCAUCAUAUUGGAUGAUGAUUUUUGCUUCAACUAUCAAACAAUUUUUACAAAACCCAUGAGAAGUGUAGUCUGUUUACCUCUACUUUUAUCCAUUCCAUUGUUCUUUCUUCUUGAAAUCUCAAGAUUUUUUUCUGUUAACAUUUCCUUUCUUUUUUGCAAACUCCUAUACAGAUCUUCCUUCACUUAUGAUGGAGUUACAUGUCGAUAAACCCAUUGAAAGUUGAAAAUACCGUAGUCAGAAAUGCAUUUAGUGCAGUAACCUACUGACCAUAGUUUAACCUAGCCUAUGUGAAACAUACUCAGAACACUUACAUUAGUUUACUGUUGGGCAGAGUCAUCUAACACAAAACCUAUUUUAUCGUAAAGUCUUGAAUAGCUCAUGUAAUUUAUUGAAUAUUAUACUUAAAGGGGAAAACUAUGAUUGUAUGUGUACUUAUCAUUAACAUACAUAGCUGGGCCUAAAGAAUGUUUGAGGUGGUGAACUAAAAUUAAUUGCUGGGUAAUGGGGAUGCUACAGUUGACAGGUCAUCAAUUUCUCUUUCUUACGAUGAGGCUGAAGAAUAGCUGGUAGAAGGCACCAGGGCAGCAACACUUGUUGAUGGUUUAGGUUCUUUAGGAAGAUACCAAGUUUUGACUGUGCAGUUUGUUUCUUCUUUUCAUUCCAUAUUUUUCUGUAGCAAGCAAGAGCAUCCUGUAUCUGCCCAUGAGCUCUUGUGAAUGUCUUGUGACUGACAUCCAUUUCUUCUGACAUCCAAAUGCCAUUACGGAUAGAGUAGCAGAGUCCUCUGUUUCCUGUGACCUUUCUUGGUGCUUCAUGUGUAACUUCUUCUGCGUCAGUUUCUUUAUUUCUUUGUCCUUCCAGUUUGAUUAGCUCCUCAAUAGAAAGCUUUUCAGCCUCAAUGCCAACAAGGUCAGGAACAUCCUCCUCAUUAAUGUCCAAUUCUGGCUGUUUCCCAAGCACUAAUAUCUUUCUUUUUACUUAACAUUCAUCAACAGCAGAAUCUUUGUUAAAGCCUCUGAAUGUGUUCACAUACAUCUUCCAUCAUGCAUUGCUACCUGACUUCUCAUUGUAUAGUGAUAUUCUGAAGAGCAUUUAGAAUGUAAAAAUCUUCCUAAAACGUCGAGCAUUUGGCUAGAUUCAGUCACUUCAGCAGCCUACACAAAUGGCAUAAAUAGUAUGCUUUGAACAUAGCUGUUGCACCUUCGUCCAUUGAUUGAAUGAGUGUAGUUGUGUUUGCUGGCAAAUGUACAACCUUUACAUCAGGAUGCAUGUCCGUGAAAUGCUGUGGAUGCCCUGAAGCAUUAGAUAAGAAGUGUUUUUUUUUUUAAGAUUUUAUUUAUUUAUUUGACACAGAGCACAAGCGGGGUAGUGGCAGGCAGAGGGAGAAGCAGUCUCCCCGCCAAGCAAAGAGUCUGAUGUGGGGCUCGAUCCCAGGACCCUGGGAUCAUGACCUGAGCCUAAGGCAGACGCUUAACUGACUGAGCCACCCAGGCGCCCCCAGAAGAAUCUUGAAUAGAACAUUGUCUUGCCUACAGUAGUCUCUUGCCUGUGGAAUAAAACAGUUGGAAAACCAGUCUUUAAACAGUGCUAAUGUCAUCCAAGUUUUCUUGUUAUGGUGAUAAUAAAUGGGAAGCAUAUACUUGCUCACAUUCUUGAAUACUGUAGGGUUCUCUGAGUGGUAGAGUAGAAAAGGCUCUCAUUUGAACUCUGCAACAUUUCCACCCCAAAUCAGCAUUAUAUGUCUUUCAGUGCCUUGACUCCUGGCACUGUCUUGGACUCGACAAAUGUAUGAAUGCACCAGCAUACACUUCCAGAACAAGCUUCUUUUAUUGUCAUUAAAUAUUUGUUCUGGCAAAUAUUUCUCAUCCACAAUUAUCCUAUGCAGCUCCUCCUUAAAAGCUUCAGCACCUUCGGUAUUGGCACUUCCUGCCUCACUGCUAGCCUUCACAUUAUGGAAAUUAUGGUGCCUUAUGAAGCACUGGAAUCAUUUACGACUUUCUAUAAACAUUUGUGUAUGUGUAGGAUCAUCAGCAUGCUCUUUUAGUAUAUUGAAAAGACUUCUUGCCUUAGCCUGGAUUGUCAGUGGGCUAAGCAGUAUGUGCUUCUGUAUUUGGUCUUCUAUGUGACAAGUAAUUUCUCCAUGUCGUCAAUUGGCCCAUCUCUUUUCUUCAUGAUGACAGUGGACUUAACCAAUACUGACCAUUAAUAUGGUUGAUUGUUGAUUAAGAAUGUCCUAACUCACGUGUGAUGGCCGUUACUAGCUUGCCACCUUCAUGCUAGGUAAUUAUCUUGAGUUUCUUCUCAAGAGUAAUUGACUUUCUCUUUUCACCAGAAGCAGGAGACACAGAUGGGUGUUUUGUAGACAUGAUGGGAUGGGAAAACACAAGACGCAAUAUCCAAAAAUGCUGGCAACAUAGUACACUGUAGAGUAUCAGUAGUUUACCCUUGUGAUUGCGGGGCUGACUGGGAGAUGUGCUGCCUCUGGCCUCACAAGGGAGUACCACACUCCAUAUUGCUAGUCUGAGGGAAAAACCAAAAUUCAGAUUUUGAAGUACGGUUUCUGCUGAAUGUAUAUCACUUUCACAGUAUCGUAAGGUCAAGAAAAAUCCUAAAACCAUUCUAAGUCAGGGAUCCUCUGUAGUCUUUCUUAUGGGGAAGGUCUUCUAGUAACAGAUGUUUUUGUUUUCCUUUAUCUAAAAAUGUAAGUCUCCUUCAUUCUAGUAGAAUCUUUUUGUGGGAUAUAUUAUUUGGGGUCAGCAGUUCUUUCCUUUAGUACUUGAAAAGCAUGUCAUUUCCUUCUAUUCUCCUUGGUUUCAGAUGAGAAGUCUGCCAUUUAAUCCACUUUUUUUCUAUCUGUAAUUCAUCUUUCUGUCAGGCUGUUUUCAGUGUGGUUUUUUUAUUGUAUAUAGAGUUCAAAAGUUUGAUUAUGAUACAACCUGGCAUGAAAUUUGGGGGGUUUAUCCUGUUUGGUGUUUGCUUAGCUUUUUGAAUUUGUUGGUGUAUGCCCUUUGCCAAUUUGGAAGAUUUUUAGAUAUCUUCAAUUAUUUUUUCAGCCCCAUGGUUUCUCCUCUCUUUCAGGACUCCAAUAACGUGAGUGGUAGAUCUUCCAGUCUUGUCCCGGAGGGUCCUUGGACUCCCACUCCCGCCCAGUACCCCAAUCUGUUUUCUCUUUGUUGCUUAGAGUGAUUUAUUUCCAUUGAUCUCUCUUUGAGCUCACUGAAUCUUUUCUCUCUCAUAUCUAAUCUAUUGAACUCACCCAGUGAGUUUUCAUUUUGGUUUUUGAAUUUUUCAGUUGUUUAAUUUCUAUUUGUUUCCUUUAUACAUCUUCUAUUUCGCUGCCUGCUUUGUAGUGCCAAAGAAGGACUCUAAGAAAACAGGCAAUACUGUGUAGUCCAAAAUCAUAUAUUCUGGUGGUUUAUCUUGAUGUUGGAAUAGAAAUCCUGGAUUAUAUGGAGGAAUGGAAAGCCUGCAGUCUUCUGUGUUGGUAUCCUGUAUAUUUCUAAGAACAGACAUUAGAACUGAGUGUGAUAUGCAGGAUGUCAAGAGUUUUGUUCUCCAGGAAAGGUUUCUGUGUAAAAUUCCCCAGCUCUCUAUAACCCCCCCCCCCUUGCUAUUAGAAAGUAGAGCAUUUCUGUGAAACCUUUUCUAAGCUGAAAUGGCAUAAAGCAAAGAAGCAAUUACCAUUCAUUUAUAUGAAAAAAAUUUUUUAGCAUUCCCAGACUCAAAAAAUAACCUCUCUCAGGCUUUUCUAGAUACUUUAGGACAUCUUGGUAACAGAUGCACAAAAUAAAUCAAGAUAAAACCCAGAUGCUCACAGACACAGUUCAAAGCUAUGGUGGCUCAAUGCUGAGAUUCUGAGUAGUUCCUGAGGAAGGAGCUUGGUGGUUCCAGUCUUGCUGUUUGGGGUGUUGACUGCCUCUGUAACAGCUUGCUACGAAACAAACGCUGGUACAUUUUGGUACAAGCGAAAAUCCUCAGAUAUCUUUUGGUUACUGAAAACAAGUACUAAUGUAGGUCUUUUAUAGAAGCAAAGUGGUAUAAGCAAACUUUUGAAAAACAGUAAAUACCUGUGUAGCCUCAAAGGAGAAAGAGGUCCCUCCUCUUCAAGGAUCACUCUUCCUCUUUGUGGUUGGACACAUAUCCCCAAUCUCUGAUUUGUCUAGGACCUCUUUUAUACCCCCCACUGCUUGGUCUUCAACUUCUCCCUCUUAAUCCCCUUCUAUCCUCUUAAUCUAUACCUGUGUUCAAGUCUCUAGUCUCGCCCCCAGGCACUUUAUGCCCCACAUGCCCAGUGAGCUGUGCCCUUCUCUUUUCUCUCAUAGACACACCCUGUUUAACUGUUCUGUCCACUGUCUGUCCCCACCCCCUCAUGACCCUUCACCCCACUGACAACUAAACGGUGGUCUCCACCACUGUCACCUGACAGGCAAGUCUCACAAAGUUCCCUCUUGUCCUCCCACCCUUCUCCACCGUCCUCCCACCCUUCUCCACCGCCCCCCCCCCAGGUCUGUUAUUGGACCUUUUUACUGCUGCCUACCUGUUUGACUUGAAGGUCCUUUCCUGGUUUCUCUGAGUUCAUGCCCUACUCCUUCAGAGGAUCUGUGUCUUCUUCCAUCUGUUAAACAGUGGUGCUUCUCAGAAUGUUGCCCUUGCUUUCUCACUUGCAAGGUGUUCCAUGAGUGAGUUAAUUCCCCCCCUCAAGGUAUUUUAUGCUCAGUGAUGUACAGAGUUCCCCAAAUUCUUGUCUCCAGGUUGAAUGUUUCUCUCUGGUCAUCCUUCCACACCUUAUCAGUAUUCAUACAUACUGAGCCUGUCUGCAUGUGUCAUGUGGUCAUGGCCAUCACCAUGAGGAUGCACCCACAGUAAUAAUGAGAGCAAGCAGACAUGGUAUGUUACCAUGUUUCAGUCAUUGUUUUGAAUGUUUUACACACAUCAACUCUUAACCUUUGCAACAUGCCUGUGGUAGGUGAUGUUAUCCCUGUUUUUUACAGAUCAGAAAACUGAGGUACAGAAAGGCUAAGGGAUUUACCAAGAGAUGUACAUUUAACCAAGAAAUAUGAGAUUAGGGAUUUGAGGCCAGUUAGGGUAGCUGCAGGAUUCAUGUCCGUGUCCUUUCCUAUAUUCCUUCUCAUAGGAUAAGUCUGUCUUCCUGGUCACCAUCAUUUUUAUUAAAAUGGAUCAAAUUAUGCUCAUUUAGCUAUAAUCCCCUUUUCUCAUUUGACUCUACACCUUGGCCAUUCCUUCAGGUUGAGUGAGAUAAACCAAACUUAACUUUUUAACAGCUGCAUAAUCUGUUACAAUGUUGUAGGGAUUUAUAGAAAAUCUCUGGGUUUCAGAUGGUAGGGAGGUAGAAGAGGGCUACAGGAGGCAUUUGGUUUUACACAUCACGUUUGAGGUGCCUGAGAAACAUCUCAGUGAAUCCCACUGUGUUCUGUCUUGUUGCCCGAGCUGGAUACCUUGCAGCCCAUUUUUCUUUCAUUAUCCCUGCAUCCAGUGUAUCCUUCUGUUGUCUUUAGCUUUUUAUUUUCCUUAGUAGACACUUAAUGUGUGUGUGUCUUAGUAAAUGGCCACACACAGCAGUAUAUUUUUAUUAUAAUGUUUGGGUCCCUCACAGAGUGGUUACACAAAGCUGUGUAUAUAGUUGGCACAGUAAAUAGCAUAUGCUGACUUCGGAGAGAAACCACACCGGCUUUUAUGGCCAGAUCUCUAAGACUUAAAAAGUCAUAAUGAAUGGUGGUGGAGGUGUGGGGGUAUAGCUCAGUGGUAGAACAUUUGACUGCAUAAUGAAUGUUGGUAUUGAAAGUCCUCAAGACUACCCCAGAUUUAAUGAUUUACUAGGAAGACUCAAAGGACUCAGCAUAUACUCAACAGCUGUGAUUUAUUUAUUAUAGCAAAAGGAUACAAAGCAAAAUCAGCCAAGGGAGAAGGCAGAAGUACUAAAGUUCUUAAAGAGUGCUGCGUCCUUAAGUUGCAUCAAUGAGUUAUGACAGCAUCUGUGAAAUGUCUACUACGGAAGCACAUUAGAAACUCCAUGCCAUGGGGCACCUGGGUUGCUCAGUCAGGUAAGCAUCUGCUUUCAGUUUAGGUCAUGAUCCUGGAGUCCCGGGAUCGAGCCCCGCAUUGGGCUGCCUACUCAGUGGGGAAUCUGCUUCUCCCUCUCUCUCUGCCUCUUGCCCCACUUGAGUCUGCUUCUCCCUCUGCCCUUUACCCAGUUUGUGCUCUCUCUAAAAUAAAGAAAAUCUUAGAAAGAAACUCCAUGCACAGGGUUAUUAUUGGGGACGGUUUCUCUAAAAUAUAACCAAAAUUCUAGACCUCCAGAAGGAUAGCAGAUCACCAGCAUAAGCCACAUUGUUGACACAAGCAAUAGGCACACGGAGCCAUUUGUCUUUUCUGAGAAUUAUGGGAAAUCUCCUGAAAUAUAAGGUCCCAAACUCUAGCCAAGGGCAAACUUUGAAUCUCAAAGGAUAAUAGUCUCAGGCCUGUGAUGUCAGCUGUUUCUUCACAGUGACUUGAAUGGUACUAAAAUGUUGAGUAAAUUCAAGUAUCUUUUACAAGCAUUAAACAAAUACAGUUUGCUGCAGUGAAAAAGUCCUAGCUUUGAGGUCACGGAUUAUAUACAUGUAAACCAUUGUAACUAAAACAAGUCACAGUAGAUAUUCUUACAAAGUAGGGUUUAAUUUACCAGUGACAAAGUGCAGAGACUGGUGAGACAGGCUCUUGCCUCUGUAUAGAUAAGGCUUCAGGUGAUUUGAUUUGCAAAUAUUCCUUCUUUUGCCUUUAUUUCUACAAAGAUAAAAUGGCCAGGUCAAUGCUGUUAUUUACUUUGCACAUAUGUCAGUGAGUUCUCAUUUACUCUUUGUUCCCACUGUUAAAACAUGUAGCUUUUGGCUCCAAAAAGAGAAAAUUAAAUAUGUUGUCAUAAUAA